AAAUAUUUUUAUUGACAUCAUCUCAGUUUCCUAUGAAAAAACGCUCACUGUAUUCUUCAAUAAGAAGCCAUGACCAGCUUCAAAGUGAGUGUUCAAGAUUAUGAUCACAAAUUCCCAAGAUUCCUUGAGCCAAGCAUAACUGGCCACUACUCCAUCAAUGGAGAGCGGGAAUUCCUUGAUAGUGAUACCCACAUCAAGUACUACUGUCCACCAAGUAACCCAAAGCAUGUGUUCAUGGACCUCAAGAAAGGCAAGGCAACCACUUCAGAGAAAGACUCCCUCCUGGAGGAAAAACUUGACAACAUCCUGCAGUGGAUCCUCCUUCAUAAGCAUGAAGCUAUUGAAGAGAAUAAGCAAAGGAUCUCAGCAGACUUCAUAUGCUAUCGAGGGCACAUGACACUCCUCUUCUGCACUCCAUAUGAGAACCGAGAGGACUGGAAAGUGGCUGCCAUCAAGUUCCAACAUUCCAUAUAUCUCUGUCCCUUCAGGACAGAUGCCAAGAGGAAGGAGAUCCUGAAUCAAACAGAGAGGCAAAGGGAAAUGGGUCAUUGGGGCUACAAGUUUGAACAGCAUUUGAUGUCAGACUCCCCAAAUGGCAAACCAAACACAGAGGCUCCUCUAAAUGAGAAUGAGGAAUUUUCCUGUGUAUUCAGAUCUCGUAUUGCAGAUCAUAUGCUCCUGUAUGCAGCUGAGGUCGAUGGUGUGGCUGACCCAAUCAAAGGGCUCAAAGCCAACAAUCUGGUGGAACUGAAAACCUCCCGCCUCAUUGAGAACCCUAAUCAAGAUCGUAACUUCAAAAGAUUCAAGCUAGUGAAAUGGUGGGCCCAAUCAUAUUUGGCUGGAAUACCAAGAAUCAUCUGUGGCUUUCGAGAUGAUGAUGGUGUUGUGAGGAAGAUUGAAGAAUAUGAGACUUUAAAACUUCACCAUAUUGCUCAGGGAUUGUGGCAGCCAAAUGUCUGUAUGAACUUCUGUGCUCACUUCUUCACAUUUGUGAAGUCUGUGAUGAAGGAAAGCAACAAAGACAUGGUGUAUGUGUUUUCUUGGAGACCAAAAGAAGAUGUUACAUAUUGGACAGAGGGGAGAGACUCACCAUACUACUUUCUCCCUGAAUGGUACAUGGAAGAGAUCUUCAAAUACAACUGAGUUAUCCUGAUGAUGUCAUGUCAAGCCUGGA